GCUGCAUGGCGCUGAGAUGGCGGGGGCGCCGCGCGGCGGAGGCGGCGGCGGAGGCGGCGCGGGCGAGCCCGGGGGCGCCGAGCGGGCGGCCGGGCCAAGCCGCCGGCGCGGGCUCCGGGCGUGCGACGAGGAGUUCGCUUGCCCAGAGCUGGAGGCGCUGUUCCGCGGCUACACGCUGCGGCUGGAGCAGGCGGCCACGCUGAAGGCGCUGGCCGUUCUCAGCCUGCUGGCGGGCGCGCUGGCGCUGGCUGAGCUGCUGGGCGCGCCGGGGCCCGCGCCCGGCCUGGCCAAGGGCUCGCACCCGGUGCACUGCGUCCUCUUCCUGGCGCUGCUCGUGGUAACCAACGUCCGGUCCCUGCAGGUGCCCCAGCUGCAGCAGGUCGGCCAGCUGGCGCUGCUCUUCAGCCUCACCUUCGCGCUGCUCUGCUGUCCUUUCGCGCUGGGCGGCCCCGCCCGGGGUUCCGCCGGGGCCGCUGGGGGGCCAGCGGCUGCCGAACAAGGGGUUUGGCAGCUCCUUUUGGUCACCUUCGUGUCCUAUGCCUUGCUGCCCGUGCGCAGCCUGCUGGCCAUCGGCUUUGGGCUCGUGGUGGCUGCGUCGCACUUGCUGGUCACAGCCACCUUGGUCCCCGCCAAGCGCCCACGUCUCUGGAGGACGCUCGGCGCCAACGCCUUGCUCUUUGUCGGUGUGAACAUGUAUGGGGUCUUCGUGCGGAUUCUGACUGAGCGUUCGCAGAGGAAGGCGUUCCUGCAGGCCCGGAGCUGCAUUGAGGAUCGACUGAGGCUGGAGGAUGAGAACGAGAAGCAGGAGCGGCUCCUCAUGAGCCUCCUGCCCCGGAACGUUGCCAUGGAGAUGAAGGAGGACUUCCUGAAGCCCCCUGAGAGGAUUUUCCACAAGAUUUACAUCCAGAGGCACGACAAUGUGAGCAUCCUGUUUGCUGACAUCGUGGGUUUCACGGGCUUGGCAUCCCAGUGCACGGCCCAGGAGCUGGUGAAACUCCUCAAUGAGCUCUUCGGCAAGUUUGACGAAUUAGCUACGGAGAACCACUGUCGUCGCAUCAAGAUUCUCGGGGACUGCUACUACUGCGUGUCGGGACUCACCCAGCCCAAGACUGACCAUGCCCACUGCUGUGUGGAGAUGGGGCUCGACAUGAUUGAUACCAUCACAUCCGUGGCUGAAGCCACUGAGGUGGACCUGAACAUGCGCGUGGGUCUGCACACGGGCAGGGUCCUCUGUGGUGUCCUGGGCUUGCGCAAGUGGCAGUAUGAUGUGUGGUCCAAUGAUGUGACCUUGGCCAAUGUCAUGGAAGCCGCUGGCCUGCCAGGGAAGGUUCAUAUCACAAAGACGACCCUAGCGUGCUUGAAUGGGGACUACGAGGUAGAACCAGGUUAUGGACAUGAGAGGAACAGUUUCUUGAAAACUCAUAACAUUGAAACCUUUUUUAUUGUGCCAUCCCAUCGCCGAAAGAUAUUUCCAGGCUUAAUUCUCUCAGAUAUAAAACCGGCCAAGAGGAUGAAGUUCAAGACUGUCUGCUACCUGCUGGUGCAACUCAUGCACUGCCGAAAGAUGUUCAAGGCCGAGAUCCCCUUCUCCAAUGUCAUGACCUGCGAGGACGAUGACAAGCGGAGGGCAUUGAGAACAGCCUCAGAAAAACUCAGAAACCGCUCAUCUUUUUCUACCAACGUUGUCUACACCACCCCGGGCACUCGUGUCAACAGGUACAUUAGCCGCCUCUUAGAAGCCCGCCAGACAGAGCUGGAGAUGGCAGACCUGAACUUCUUUACCCUGAAGUACAAACAUGUCGAACGGGAGCAAAAGUACCACCAGCUUCAGGACGAGUAUUUCACCAGCGCUGUUGUCCUCACCCUCAUCCUGGCUGCCUUAUUUGGCCUUGUCUACCUUCUGAUAUUCCCACAGAGUGUGGCCGUCCUGCUCCUGCUAGUAUUCUGCAUCUGCUUCCUGGUGGCCUGUGUCCUGUACCUGCACAUCACCCGGGUCCAGUGUUUUCCAGGGUGCCUGACGAUUCAGAUUCGCACUGUCCUGUGUAUUUUCAUAGUGGUCUUAAUCUACUCAGUAGCCCAAGGAUGUGUGGUGGGCUGCCUGCCCUGGGCCUGGAGCUCCAAGCCCAACAGUUCCCUGGUAGUCCUUGCAUCCGGGGGCCAGCGCACAGCCCUGCCCACCCUGCCCUGCGAGUCUACGCACCAUGCCCUGCUCUGCUGCCUGGUGGGCACCCUCCCGCUAGCCAUAUUUUUUCGGGUGUCCUCCUUGCCAAAAAUGAUCCUGCUGUCCGGGCUUACCACGUCCUACAUCCUCGUACUGGAGCUCAGUGGAUACACCAGGACUGGGGGUGGUACCAUCUCCGGGCGCAGCUAUGAGCCAAUUGUGGCCAUCCUGCUCUUCUCCUGUGCGCUGGCCCUGCAUGCCAGGCAGGUGGACAUCAGGCUGAGGCUGGACUACCUCUGGGCUGCACAGGCAGAGGAGGAGCGAGAGGACAUGGAGAAGGUGAAGCUGGACAACAGGCGCAUCCUCUUCAACCUCCUGCCAGCCCACGUCGCCCAGCACUUCCUCAUGUCCAACCCUCGGAACAUGGACCUCUACUACCAGUCCUACUCCCAGGUGGGCGUCAUGUUUGCCUCCAUCCCCAACUUUAAUGACUUCUACAUCGAGCUGGACGGCAACAACAUGGGGGUAGAGUGUCUGCGGCUUCUCAACGAGAUCAUUGCCGACUUUGACGAGCUCAUGGAAAAAGACUUUUACAAGGACAUAGAGAAGAUCAAGACCAUUGGGAGCACCUACAUGGCUGCUGUGGGGCUAGCGCCUACCUCGGGGACCAAGGCUAAGAAGUCCAUCUCCUCCCACCUGAGCACGCUGGCAGACUUUGCCAUUGAGAUGUUUGACGUUCUGGAUGAAAUCAACUACCAAUCUUACAACGACUUUGUCCUCCGAGUUGGCAUCAAUGUUGGCCCCGUGGUGGCUGGAGUGAUUGGCGCUCGCAGGCCCCAGUAUGACAUCUGGGGAAACACAGUCAACGUGGCCAGUCGGAUGGACAGCACAGGGGUCCAGGGCAGAAUCCAGGUGACUGAGGAAGUCCACCGGCUGCUGAGAAGAUGCCCCUACCACUUUGUGUGCCGAGGCAAAGUCAGUGUCAAGGGCAAAGGCGAGAUGUUGACAUACUUUCUAGAAGGCAGGACUGAUGGAAACGGCUCCCAAAUCAGGUCCCUGGGCUUGGAUCGGAAAAUGGGUCCAUAUGGGAGAGCUGGCCUUCAGGGCAGACGUCCCCCAGUGUGCCCCAUGCCUGGCGUCUCAGUCAGGGCUGGGCUCCCUCCACACUCCCCAGGCCAGUAUCUGUCCUCUGCAGCAGCUGGGAAGGAGGCUUAGUGGAGCCCACCUGGGCCUCUGGGGUGCACUUGGGGUGGGAAUGCUCCGGGGGCGACACAGGCCACGGUGGCUCCAACCAGGACCAGCCAGACCAGCAGAGCAGGGAGCCAGUGGCCAGGGUGGAGGAGAGCAUUGUCCAGGCGUGGCCUGUGGCCCGAGGACCAACCACCCAGCAGAUGCAGCAGAGCAAUUACUCGGUGAGGAGAGGACACCCAGCUGCACACACUUCCAGGCCUCCCUGGAGAGGUGUCCACUCCAUCCUUCCCCCUGUGGCGUAGGGAGCACUGUUUCUUUCCAGAAGGCCUGUUCAGGUUUGGCCAGGUCGGCAUCAACGUCAGGACCUUCAGAGCAUCCACCAGGGUUACAGCAAGAGCUGCUGAGUUGUGGCUGGCAGAGCAACCGAGGAGCUCUGCAAGAGUGUGCCCUGAGACAGGCCUGUCCAGCCCACCUAGGUGGGACCUGACAUACAGGCGGCUCCAGCCCUGGGCAGAGGCUUCAAGAGCCAGAGUGGGAAGUCAGGCCUCUCUGGGAAGGUCACAAGGCCUGGGGUUGUUCAUACCACGGGCACAGUACAGAGCUGUCCACACUUGAACUGGACGGUUUGGGGAGAAUUUGAAAAGCUGCCUCUCACUGCAUGGAUAGUGGUGGCUGCUGACUUUCAAGCGUGCUUUUUUGCUAAGAGCCAGAGGCAGGUCUUCUGGAGUUCUCAGGGGGCCCUGUGACCCCCUCUCCACAACCAUGGCCAGCAUCGGCUUCUUGCUGCACCUGUGCAUUCUCCACCCCUUCACCAAUGGCUUCCAGCUCCUAAAACACCUGGACAUUCCCCAUCCUGCACCGGCACUGUGUUUGUUCAGAGAAGACGAAGGAUGUCAUUUCUUCCUUUCCCUGUGGCGUCUUGGAUCCUUUACAUUUAGCAACAGCAGUGUGAGGCUCCACUUCUGUUGAAUAUGAGCAGCCCUCACACCCAUGAUGGAAGAUGCUGUUUCCCCAGCAGAACCAACCCUCCAGGACGAAGUUUCAGAAUUGGCUGAUGUUUGUGAGUGCAGGUGUCCCUGUUGUAAUUUGCAGGGAAAUUGACUGCAGGUGAUAGUGUUGACAUCUGACGGCCUCCUACAUGCAUGUCUAAAUAGUCACAGUGAAGAUGAAAAUGAGGAUGAGGGGGACAGGGGUCCAGGAGGGCCAGUGGGAAGGGACUAUCCAUUGGCGUGUAGAAACCUUGGAUCUCGGUCACAGGGAGGAAGGUGGCUAAAAGUGGGAGGGAAGCUUCCGGGUAGGCGCCAUAGUAGGGGAACAUCUAAAGACCCACUGCUCUGAGGUGUGGUCAGAGAGGUUUCCAUGGACUACACAGGAGGCUUGAGCCCUGCCUCUGCCCAAAGCCAGCAGGGUUGGGGGUCCCCCUCCUCACUGCUCCUCAGCAGCUGUAACCCUUUCCUGAGGGCCCCGACUUUUCAGAAUAGGAGCAGAGAGAAGCCCAGACUUCCUUCCCUGGAGUGUAGACCCGUGUGUGGGACCUGCUGCAGGCUGAUCCCUGUCCGCACAGGUGGGUGAUGUCCUUGGCUACCAUCAGAGGCAGUCCCCUGCACAGGGAGGGCCUGACCCUGCCUCACCUGUGUGGCCGUGUGGGGGCAGCAGGUGCCUGGGCCAUAGCUGGGGGAGGCCAGACCCUGGGGGCUUUGCAGGGUGGCCAGUGCAGUGAUGCCUGGCGCUUCCAGCUGAGACAGGAGUCCAGACAGAGGUGAGCAGGGUGGAUGGCUUUAGGCAGGGGAGGUGGGUAGAGGCUGCAUGUAGGGGCCGUCGUCUGCCUGUCCUUAGGUUGUGGACUAGGUGUCUAGUCAGGGUUGUAGGGAGUACUGUCCACCCUCCUUUCUCUCUGGUCAGGGCUGUGGCCUCUGUGAUGGUGCGAGAGGCAGGAUCGUCUCCAGACACCUUCUUGCAGAGUGAUUUUGACCAAUGCCUUUCCAGCACCUUCCCCUGGCUAUGACAGGGAGCUCCCAGGCCAGGCCACAUGACCCCACAGGUAGGCUGACCCCAUGGCCCCACUGGAGAUUUUGAGGGCAGAGCUGGGGUGCCUUUCACCUUACUUGGGUGGUCCUCAUGUCGCUGCCCACUCACGUUGCUGGUGUUCUGGCAUCAUCUUGUGCCGCUGGGGGCUGGGCUCCUGUGAGGUCCUGGGGCAGAAGGAGGUGCUUGCAGGGCCUCUAGCUGCUAUUGGGGCGUCCACAGGACCUUAUGUUUAUGUGGAAUCUCCAGGCUGUCAUCAAGGGCUCCUGAGGGCUCCUGAGCUCCUCCUGAGGACCCAGGGUCCAUCUGAGGCGGCUGUAGGCUGAGAACCUGGCUGAGGCACUGCUGUCAACCCCUUCUCCAGGCCCUGCCUUGUCCCUGCUCUGUGCUUACCCCUCUUCAGGACAAAUAGUUUGUCCUUAUGGUCCCCUUUCCACUAGGAUUUUCUCAUCCUCAUCUGUCUAUCCCAGCCGGAUUUGAAGCAGUCAGUUCAGACAGGAGCCACAGGCAGCCCGUGAGGGUGUAGUGCGGCGGUGGUGAGUGUGGCCACCCUGGCUCCCCGGCUCAUCGUGCUGCUGUCCUUGACCCACGAGCUGUUGAGAAGGGCGCAGAGCCCCUGACCAGCCAAUCCUGUUGCCCCCAGUGCCGCUGCCCACCUUUGGCCAUCCAGGUGGUGGGUAGGCAGAGGAGUGAACCCCAAGGGUGUCCAUGCCCCAGUUCUAAGCCCUGGGGCCGGGUGCUGUCACACAGCAAAGGGGACUUUGCAAGUGGAAUUACAGUCAGGGAUCUAAGGAUGGGAGGGGAACUUGGAUUAUCCGGGUGGGCUCAGUGGCCCCUUGGAAUGGCUGAGGGAGACAGGAGAGCCAGGAAGGAUUCGAAGUGUCACAGAGAUGGUGCCAUUAUUGCUGGCUUAAAGACAAGGGGCCAGGAGCCAACACCAGAGGCUACUCGACAACCCCAGCCUCAGUCAGCGAGGAAGCCGGGUGUUGCUCACACAACCAGAAGGAGCUGAGUUUGGCAACAACCCAAGUGAGCCUGAAGCAGAUUCGCCCCAGAGCCUCCAGGGGUGAGUGGAGCCCAGUCCAGCGACACCUUGGUUUGGCCUGUGAGAUUGAGAAGAGAGCCAGCCACACUGUGCCGUGCCUGGGGUCCACAGAGCUGGGAGGUCACACAUGUACAUCCUGGAAGCUGCCCAAGAUGUGGCCACUUGUAGGGCAGCAAGAGGAAGCCGUCGCGGGGACCAUGCUCCCUUCUCUGGGCUCACGACUGUUCUGGAAAGGACCCCAUGGCAGGCUUGGCAAGGUCUCCACUUCAGGGGCAAACAUCUCCAUCAUCAGCAACUUCAAACCCCAGCCACUUCCUGGGAGUUCAGGAACUGUGUUUAGCCAUAAUGUUCCUUGGGGUUUGGUGAAAAACAACUUCCUUUUUAUUUGUGAGAAAACUGUAUUAUAUUGCCUUAUUUAUUUUUAAUCAUGUACAAUAUUCAUGUACAAAUGUUAGAGCCAUUCGGGUAGGAUUCUCUCUAAAUUAUUUAUUGAAGAGGCUUUGUAAAUAGUGCACCAGUUACAGGUGCUGCCUGUUUACUCGUACCAAAAAUGAAGACAAGCCCCACACCCACCUCAGCCCCUGCUUGGCCAUGCUGUGGCCCUUUGGAAAUGACCCUGUGUGCUCCCCUCGCAACCCUUGCAUGCCUUUCAUGCCUGACGCCGUAGAGUAGAACACAGCCCCGGAAUGCUUCCAGUCACUUGCAGGGACCAUGCCGGCCCGGGUGGUCCACGCCUGCAGGGUGUCUGUAUCCUGCAGGAGGACGCCCCCACAGACCCAGCAACCCAAGUUGGCAGCCCGUGUUUCUCAGACUUUAAAGCCACCAGGGCUUCUGGAACACCUGUCAUAGAAGCAAUAACUUUAUACUGUAGAGAUGAGUCUGGUCUAAAGCAGAUUGGUAAUUUAGAGAUAAGCCACGCAUGCAAGUUUGCCCCAUUCUCUGGCUUGGGGUGGUGGGAGGCGGGGAGCUGCCACUCCCAAAGCCCCCACCCCUUCCGGAAGACCCAGCUCUGAAACCUCAGUUUUUGUGGGUUGGGCUGCCCAGACUGGUCAGAGCUCAGCACCCCAGGUCUGGUGAGCAGACAGAGCCGGUGUUAAACCCCGGUCAGGUCAUUGUCACCACACCCUUGCUUGGAUGAGGAAGGAAGGAGGCAAAGACACCCACUCCAUCCAAGAUCUGUUCCAAUUGAUGAGUCUCAGUACUGGCCUCACACUGACCAACGGUGGUACGCUGCAGUUGGUUGGUGCAGAGUCUAAAGGAUAACAUGUCAAGGCUUACCUGUGAUAGGCCAUUUUAAGGAAAUGGUGGCACUCUGAAGGCUGUCCCCAUUCACCUUCCACAAUACUGGUACCAUCCUGGUAGAAGAGCCCUCUGAACAGGACACCUGUUCAGGCCUGGGAUCCCCAUGCUAGGCUUACCUGGGUGUGAGAAGGUCAAACUGGGUGGUUCAGGCCUUCAAAUUGAGCUUGGGGGUGGCCAAGAGAGGGGUCUUAAUUUGAGGAGCUCACAUACCCCAAAUAACCAUCAGUGCACAAAUCAUUCCAUGCUCUUCGGUACCAGACAGGAGAUGCUGCAGGCAGGUGCCCAUAGUUGACGAAAAUGGGCAGUAGGGGAAAUGGAGUAGCUUCAACCUUUCUCAGUCCCGGCCCUCACUGCACCCACCAAGUCAAGCUGAGCUGGUUGGGUUGAGACCAGCGUCCCAGCUGGACUGAGCCUGUGGGGAGGAGCUGGAGCCAAGGAGACCCCUUGGGUGGGGGCAUCAGGAGCAGGGGCAGGGCCUGAGGACUGCUCCCUUGGCAUGGAGGGCAGGCCGGGAUGGAACUCCGGGUAGACUUUGAAGAAGGCUCAGUGGGCUCAGCAGAAGGAAGGCUCUUCUCAUAGUUGUGGUUUUCUACAGAUGGAUUUGGGUGAUCUGAGUGUGGUCAGGCCCUGCCAUCGGGGAAUGAAUGCCACACAGGGGAUUCGUCUGUAAGCUGCAGUGUCUGAUUCUGUGUGAACUGACAGCAAGGAGUUGAAGGGCAGGCCCUGCCCUUGGGAGAGAGCACGGGCGUGGGCUGCUGGAUGCAGGGCUCCCAGGGCUGUGAAGGCAGAGGGGUCCCUGGAGGCAGACAGGGCAGGCUGGGGGUCAGCAGCAGGGGGCAGAGCCCCAGCCAGGGCGGCUGCUUUCUGCACGUGGACAUUCUUCCCACACAGGGCCAAGUGCCCAUGAGCACAGCCCCAGACAGACACACGGUGGGGAGCUUGGAGCCCUCUGCUCACCCAGGGGUGCCCUGGGCCACACACUGGAACGUGUUCUAGGGGCUUCCUGCCUUAUCCUUCUGUUUGUUCAUACACUUAGUGAAAGCAGAUCCUGUACUAGGAUGUGAGGAUAUCUGUCACCUCCGUGGUCCAUUCCAUAAACACCAGAUUGAAUUUCAGGUGCCACACAUUUUGGGGCUAGACUUCCCUAAACAACAUGCCAUUGUGAAAUGAUGCAUAUAUUUGUAUUUUUAAAUUUCCCUGAAAAUUUAAUCUAUUCUGUUCACUACCUUAAAAAAUAGAUACUCCACUAGAGGCCAUGCUUAAU